AUGAUAAGCAUACUGGAAGGCCUCCUCAUUUUUAGCAGUGAAGCAGUACUGGGAGUUCUAGGGAAUGGAUUUAUUGGACUUGUCAACUGUGUAGACUGUGUGAAGAACAAAAAGUUUUCGAUGAUUGGCUUUAUUCUCACUGGCUUAGCUACUUCCAGAAUUCUUCUGAUAUUGUUAAUAAUUACAGAUGGAUUUAUAAAGCUAUUCUCUCCAGAUAUGUAUUACUCUGGCAAACUAAUUGAUUUUAUUAGUUACUCAUGGAUAAUUAUCAACCAAUCAAGUAUCUGGUUUGCCACCAGCCUCAGUAUCUUCUAUUUCCUGAAGAUAGCAAAUUUUUCCCACCAUAUUUUUCUCUGGCUGAAGGGUAGGAUCAAUAGGGUUCUUCACCUUCGGAUGGGAUCCUUGUUUAUUUCAUGGUUAUUUACUUUUCCACAAAUUGUGAGGAUUAUUAAUGAUAACAGAAUGCGGAGUGGAAAUACAACCUGGGACUUCAACAUGCCAAAAAGUAUGUUCUUUACGAAGCAGAUUUUGGUCAACCUAGGAGUCAUUCUUCUCUUUACACUCUGCCUGGUUACAUGUUUCUUGUUAAUCAUUUCCCUCUGGAGACACAACAGGCGUAUGCAAAUGAAGGUCACUGGACCCCGAGACCCCAGUACAGAAGCACACAUGAAAGCAAUGAAAGUUUUAAUAUCUUUUAUCUUCCUCUUCAUCUUGUAUUUUAUAGGCAUUGUCAUAGAGAUAGUAUGUUUCAGUAUGCCAGAAAACAGACUACUGUUUAUUUUUGGCAUGACGACCACAGCCAUUUAUCCCUGCGGUCACUCCCUUGUCCUAAUUCUAGGAAACAGCAAGCUGAAGCAAGUCUCUUUGAGGGCCCUGCAGCAAUGCAAGUGCUGUGAGGCCGGCACACGCCUCAUAGCUCACAGACCCGCGUGGAGAGAAAUGGAUGUUCUAGGAGAAUAA